AUGACGUAUGCCAAUUCGUGGGAAGAAUUUGAAAAGGGUGCAGAAAGGUUAUACCUUCAAGAUCCAACAAAAGCACGUUAUACAAUGAAGUAUUGUCAUAAUAAAGGAGUGUUGUGCUUAAAACUCACAGACAAUCGAACGUGUUUACAAUAUAAAACUGAGAUAGCUCAAGAUUUAAAAAAAAUGGAGAAGUUUAUUGGAAAUUUGAUGAGACACAUGGCAUCGAAGGAUAAUUAA